AUGGCACUAAGCACGUACUCCAACUGUGACACUCUUCAAAUUUCCAACUUAGAAACAAACACUUUCCAUGAAGCCAUGCCAGAAGAAGAAGUAGCAGCACCAAACCUCCAACACUUUUUUUCCUACUUAGAUGAAAGCUUCUUCCUUUCAAACACGCUUCUUGAGAACUACAUUGACCCAACUUUCGGUUUUCUCUAUCCUCCAGGGAUCAACCAUCCUUAUGAUCCCUUCACUUCACUCACUAGUCGUGAUGACAUUUUCCCGACUCAUGAAGAUUACAAUCUUCUCCCAUGCCCAAAACGCAAAAAAUGCUGCUACGAGGAAAAACAACAACAUCAAGAACACGUGUACUCUUCACUGCAAGAGAUUACCACACCAACCCUACUAUCCAAUUUAAUAGAUGGAUUUGUUGUGCCUUAUGAAAAUUGCUCCUCCUUCCAAGCAGAGGAACUCCAACAACCAGUCUUCUACGAGGUUACACAAUAUGGAGACCCUUGUGUGGAUCUUCAGUGUGAGAAGAGAGGUACCAAGAGACCAAUAUCUCCGCCGAGAGAAAGGAGAAGAAAGAUCACUGAGAAGACUCAAGAGCUUGGGAAGUUGGUUCCUGGUGGACCCAAGAUGAACACAGCUGAGAUGCUUCAUGCAGCUGCAAAGUAUGUUAAGUUCCUUCAAGCCCAAGUUGGGAUGCUUGAACUCAUGAACAUACUUGAGGAAGAUAAAGCUGAACCUCCUCCUGAAAAUAUACACGCUCUAGUUGUUUCUCCCCUUGUUCAAGAGAAGUUGUACACGGAGGAAAGGUGCUUUGUUCCAAACGGAAUUGUCACUACUUUGACAAAUCACGAGGAUGUUCACUCAAGACCUACCAUCCUUGAGGAUCUUAAACAGCUGAUUGGGACAGACAUUGAGAAGAAGCAAAGCAAGACUAAAUCUUCAUAA